CAGGAUGAACAGACUACAACAUUUUCGCUUAGUUGGGAACUCUGAGCCAUGAGUGAGCGAGCCAGAUGCACGAGGUUCCGUUGUUUCUAGUUAUCCGUUUUGUCUUUUAAAAUCUAUCAAGAAAACACACGUAUAUGUCCUUUGGGGUCCGGUUUGAAAAUCCCACCAGCAUUUUCCAAGAUGACACAGGAUUAUAUUUUAUCCAAAACACUUGGCAAAUUAUAGGCUGUACCGAAAAUUUUAUGUUUAAUUUGUACAACAUUUGUACUACUAUUUUGCAAUACGUUUGAGUCGUUCAUCUUCAGUUUGAACGCGGAAAACACUGCGUAAAGAAACGGAAUCAGAUGCGUGCGUAAAAGUGAACUCGUCGGAUUUCACAGGAGAUGAUGCGAAUAAAUCGUUUCGACAUAGGGCCAGGUGGAGAUGUGACUUUACCGCCAUUAUUACCGAACCUUGACAUGGGCCUCGGUGCAAUCCUGGUCCCGCAACAUCCUUUUUUGCGAAACCUUUCAUUAACUUCCCACACAUCUCUGCCAUUGCCGGUUGGGAAUUCUUCCUUGGAUAAUGCCGAGACGAGCAUUCGCAUAUCCUCUCAAGCACAGCAGACGGCCGCACAGUACGUCAAAUGCAGUCUCCAGAAGUUAUUGGAGACCGAGGAGCUCAUCGAGAACGACCCAAAAGUUCACUUGGAGGCGAUGGGCCUUUGGAAACAGUUUCACAAGUGCGGCACUGAAAUGAUCAUAACAAAGUCAGGACGGCGCAUGUUUCCACCGUUCAAAGUAAGAUGUACUGGAUUGGACAAAAAGGCUAAAUAUAUUUUGCUGAUGGAUAUUGUGGCGGCGGAUGAAUGUAGGUACAAAUUUUAUAACUCUCACUGGAUGGUGGCAGGAAAGGCGGACCCCGAAAUGCCAAAGCGAAUGUACAUUCACCCGGACAGUCCAGCAACAGGCGAACAAUGGAUGUCAAAAGUGGGCAAUUUCCACAAAAUGAAAUUGACAAACAACAUCUCUGACAAGCAUGGGUUUACAAUUCUUAACUCAAUGCACAAAUACCAACCGAGAUUCCAUAUUGUGAGGGCCAAUGAUAUCCUGAAACUACCUUAUAGCACAUUUAGGACGUAUGUUUUCUCUGAAACGGAAUUCAUCGCUGUAACCGCAUACCAAAAUGAUAAGAUCACACAGUUGAAAAUUGAUAACAAUCCUUUCGCAAAGGGAUUCCGAGACACUGGAAACGGAAGAAGAGAAAAAAGGAAACAACUGGGAAUGCCUUCACAAAAAAAAUAUGAAAUUCUAAAAGGAGUCCGGGCCCCUGAGUGUCAGACUGAAGAUUCAUUGAAAACCCACAAAUCAACAGAGGCCUACGAAAGUGAAAGCGAUCAGGACAGCAAGGAUGGAGGCGCCAUUGAAAAUGUCACCUCCCCCAUCGAGGAACCAAAUUGUAAUCCACAUGUUCCAAGGCAUGAUACAGGUCAGCCACGAAGGGAAAUGUCAAGGACCGAUCAUUUAGAAGAUGAGCCUACAGAAAAGAGUAACGUUUUAACUGGGGAAGAGCGUUCCCUCGAACCAGAGGACGCGAAGACAACGGACAUCUUCGAGCCUCCAAAUGUGGAAAUUGAUCCAAGUGUUCAUGUACACAACAACGGUAUCUCGCCAUACUAUUCAUAUCCAACGGAAUUAACGAGACACUUCUACCCAAUUAGUGUCACUCAACGCCUCCUACACCAAGCGCACUUCGGGGCGAAGUUUGGCGCUGCAGGGAGAUCUAUGGACCAGGUAGUCGGCUCAUCUGGGAUGGCUGGCGAGACUGGUAUCGCAUCUGUAAGAAUACCAGGAUUGCCGCUGACCAUUCAGCAACAUACUCUGCUUUCACAGAGUUUGGCGGCAUCCCACUUUGGAGGGCCUUUUACCUAUCCAAACUCCUAUUUGACAGCCGCUGCUGUCACCAACGCACCAUCGAUUUCAGCGGUCCACCCAGUGCGCGCUCAUGCCAGAUUCAGGCCCUAUUACAUUCAUAAAACUGUCGAAGACGACAACCUGAUCUCACCAGCAUCUACUCGCCCCUUGACCAACAUUGACUUAAAAUAUCGAAAUUCUUUGAUCAAUGUCCAACCGGGCAAUACAUUUGAAGUGAAGAGCGUGUCUUCGAUUUCAGGUUAUGUAGGCCCAACGGCUUUACAAUAGCAAAUGCAUAACCCACCAGUUCCCAAAUAUGCAACAUGGUCAGAUGUUUAUCAGACUCCAAUCAAGACUAAUCUUCCACUUGAAGUAAUGAACUUUAUUAAUGCCCUGCUAUGUACAUUGCAUUUUCAUUGAUUUAUCAAAUAACAUCACAAUUGUGUGGUAUUUGGUGAACUUUUGUGUG